GGGUUCAGAGCUGGAGGGUGUGGGCAGCUUCUUGUAGUAGUUGUCAGGACACAUGGACGCAGAGGCCGGGGGCUGCCCUGGGCUCCGGGACGUGGGCCUCCUGGCCCACUGCCACGGCGCAGCCCUCGGUGAAUACUACGUUUCACCACCUGCAGGAUUUCCCUACGUCUUCCAGGGCCACCCGAGUGCCGUGCUAACCCAGCAGCUACCCACUGCCUGGCCCCGGCCCACCGUACAGACCUGUCCUUAAACCCGGGCUGUUUUACCCCUUCUCUGUAAACAGAUCACAGAGUAGCCUCGCGAACCCGCAGGUGCGUGUGGAGGGACGGGCGGCAGAAGCGGGUACCGUGGGCACCUGAGCCACCUGCCGAGGCGUUCACCUGUGCCCCCCACCCCGUGAGAGCCUGAUCCCAUACGCACCUUUUCCCUGGGUGGUGGCUGCCCCCCGUGCCUGGCCGGGGUCACGGUUUGGUAGCUCAGACACCACCCGGCAGGUGAUGUGCAGUGCAGGUCACAACGCCCUUGGUGUCCCACAGGCCAGUAGCCAGACUCCCCUGGGACGCAGUAAUAAGCCAGGAGCUGCUUUCUAACCGGAGGAUAGUUACUUGCAAAAGGAGACAUACGUACCCUUUGCUCCCAAACCCCGGCUUUCUCACUUAUCCUCUUAGCUCUUUCUGUCACAGAAACUUUUCAAAGCCGUUGGGUCUGUUGGGUCAUAUGACUUUCGUUCCAGACCCUUCCUACUCUAGGAUCUACUCAAAACUGGAGGUCUUGUGGGUUCCCUCAAAAGUGUCAGAAGGUCGGGUCCUCGCUUAACACCCUGUCUCAGCCCCCCGGUCAUUCCCCUGACUCAUCACGGGGGCAUGUUGUCAUCUCACAUCAUCACACAGAGAAGGGUGAGCCCAGUACAGUAAGAUAUUUUGAGAGGCACAUUCACAUAACUUCUCUUACAGUAUAUUGUUAUGAUUGUCCUACGUAAACAUUAGUCAUUGUUGCUAAUCUCGUAUUGCACCCAGUUUAUAAGUUAAACUUUAGCGUGGGGGGUGCCUGGGUGGCUCCGUCGGUUGGGCGUCUGAAUCUUGAUUUCGGCUCAGGUUGUGAUCUCACGGUUCGUGGGUUCGAGCCCCGUGUUGGGCUCCGGGUUAGCAGUGCAGAGUCUGCUUGGGAUUCUCUCUCUCCCUGCCCCUCCCCCACCCCUCAAAAUAAAUAAACUUAAAAAAAUGAAACUUUAGCAUAGGUAUGUAUGGGUAGGAAAGGAACAGUAUACAGAGAGCUUGGAAUUACCGUGCAUUCAGGCAUCCACUGGGGGCUUUGGAAUGUAUCCUCUGCGGAUACGGGGGAGCUGCUGUUUGGGGACAUGCCCUAGACCUAUGGGGCCCCAGGGUUUACACCAAUAUGAUGGGGUUGCUGGAUGUGGCCCCAUUGAUCUCUCACCCUCUGGCACACACAUGUCUCAUUUACUGAAUUAUCAAGGGUGUUUGCUACCUCUUGUUCACUGUGUCCGAGUCAAUAACACAAAUCCAUCAAUGCAGUGGGUGAGUGUGAUGUUCUGUAGAAAAUCAGGUGAUCAAGGUCCUUCUGAACCACAUUAUAGGACAGAGCAGGAGAGCCGACCUCCUUCAUGGCAGGGAUUAACGUCCACCCAGAGCCAUCAUCCAAAUAAUCCCUGCAAGGUCUGAGCAUUUAUUUGCCUUUGACCGGUGUCCAGCUGCCCCCAGAUAAAUAGCCUCCAGUCUUUCUGGUACAGGGGAUCAGUCACUGUCUACACCCGUGGUGGCAUUGCAGGGUCCUUCUCAAAUGGAUCCGGUCUCCCCCCUCAUUUGUGAAGUCCCAGGUCUAUGAACAACCCAUGAGCUGAGGAUAAUCAUCACCCUUUCUGUACAGAAGAGGGUGAAGCAAUUGGGAGGGGGGUGGGAAGGGAAUGACCCAAGGCUACACAAUCAGGGAGCGACAAGAUCCGGCCUGGUAGCAAACAGAGUUUCACACACCCGAAACUGUAAGCCUUUUUGCUAAAUAGCUCCACGCCCAGCCUUGCACUUGCUACUUGAAAUACACAGGACUCCCAGGAAGGUUGCCUUAAUAUCCUGACUCGGUCCUGCCUUGCCAGGCCCCUGCCAACCUGCCACUUUCAACACCCACUCCCUCCCUCCUCCUUGCUCCAGCCUAGCCGCCUGCUUUCUUUCUAAUCCUCUCCAUAAACCAGGCAUGGGCCCACCCCAGGGCCUUUGCACCUGCUCUUGCCUCUGCCUGGAAUGCAUUUCGUGCAUGUCUUCCAUGGUAAGCUCUUUUCAUCCUGCUCUCAGCUCACAGGCCAUCUCCUCCUGGAGACCUUCCCUGAUCCCAGUUCAGUCACUUAACUUUCACAUCACUUGGUCUUCACCCUGCCCAGCACCCAGCACCAUUUGUGUGUGUGUGUAUGCUCAUGUGUUUGCUCCAUGUCUAUCUCUCUCGAUCAGGCGUGAGCUGAGCAGAAGCUGGGCCUCAUUCUUGUUGGUCUUCCUGAAUCCCCAACAACUGGGAUGGUGCCUUGCACAGAGUCCAGCUUUAAUAAAUAUAUGUUGACUAAAAGCAAGACAUCGAAUUGACUACCUAUGACCCUAUGUGCCUCUUUGCCCACCCUUCCUUCUCUUCCUCCAGAAACACUGUUUCAGGCGGGUGCCUGGGUGGCUCAGGUGGUUAAGGGCCCAACUUCAGAUCAGGUCAUGAUCUCACAGUUUGUGAGUUCGAGCCCCUCGUCAAGCUUCCGCUCUCCGUGGGGAGCCUGCUUUGGGUCCUCUGUCCUCCCUCUCUGCCCCUCCCCUGCUCACUCAGAAACACUGCUUCAGGCCAUGCGCAUCUCCAGAGGGCGCCAUUAUUCCCACAGCAACAAUGUGACUCAUUGGGGAGGGGGUGGUGUUUCUGCGGCCCACAACCCGUACAGACGUAGUGAUGGCUCUCUCGCCAUCUUUCACCGCGCAUUCAUUCAUUCAUUCGUUUAUCCAAUCAGUAUUUAUUGAACACUCAUUGUAUGCCCCAUUGGUAGUGUCGAUGCACUGAGAGAUGGGGAAAUGUGACUCUGCCUGUGUGGCAAAGUUUAAACGUGAACUAGAAUGUAUAAAGAUGUCAAAAAUAAACAUAGAGUUGUAAGUUACACGUUAGUCUCUUUCUCCUCUGCUACGGCUCCUCCCACUUUCCUCUUCCUCAUACACACAGGGGCAGAUAGCCCUUAUUCCUCCCCGGCCCCCUCCUACCCAGCGUGCUAGAGCUGGUUUGUACAGGCUUGCAAAAGCCGAUUGUUAAAUAUUUCAGAAUGUUUCCAGCUAUGUGUUAAAUGACUGGUAGCUUGAAAUCAGACAUGGCAGAACUAUUUAUACCACAGAAAUAGGCCCACGUUGGGACGCCUGGGUGGCGCAGUCGGUUGAGCAUGGGACUCUUGAUUUCGGCUCUGGUCAUGAUCCCAGGGUUAUGCGAUUGAGCCUCGCAUUGGGCUCCCCGUGGAGCUUGCUUGAGAUUCUGUCUCUCUCUCCCUCUGCCCCUCUCCCUUGCUCAUACUCUAUCUGUAAAAUUAAAAAAAAAAAAAGCUAAAUAAAAAAAAAGAAAUAGAUCGACGUUACAAGGCACAGCGUUGAGGCUGUUUUUCUGAAUAGCUGCUUUUCUAGUACAUCCCCCUUCCCAUCUCUCUCUGGCAAAGAAACGUGUUGUCAAGGAAUAUCCUGUCAUGGACAGAGAUUUACUUUCCACUACAACCCCUCCACUCGCCAUACUUCAGCUCCCCAGUGGGUGGGUGGCCGGGAGGUGGAGACGCGGGCCUGGAUUGCUACGAGUGGGGAGAACAGCGGAAGAGAAAUGCAUGAGGGAAAAUCAUGGAGAAGGGAACAUAAAGGAGCGCAGGCCCUGACCUGUCAGAGGGCGACACGUGAGUUUCUGAUUAAUGUAUCGGAAAUGCCCCUUCGGUGGAAGGCGGACCACGAGGUAUGUGCCAACGGCUGGGGCUGCCAAGACACGCUGAUCCUCAUUGACAACGGACUUCAAGUGAACAUAGUACUCACCAAGGGCUGCACCCCGGUGGGGAAUCAGGAUGCCCGCAUCACGGAGCACAGGGCAGGCCCCGGCCUCUCCGUCCUCUCCUACACCCACGUGUGCCGCCAGGAAGACAACUGCAACAACCUGUCCACCACCCUCCCACUCUGGGCCCUGCCCUCCACCGCAGGCCCGGGCUCCCUGCGGUGUCCAGUCUGCUUGUCUAAACAGGACUGCGAGUCUGUGACAAAGAUGACCUGCCCGGCCGGGAGCACGCACUGCUACCGUGGCUCAAUCCAGCUCAGGGGAGGGGGUGUCUUCACCGUUCUGAGAGUCCAAGGAUGCAUGUCCCAAGAAGGCUGCAACGUGCUUAAUGGGACUCGGGAAAUCGGGUCCAUCGUUGUGAGUGAGGACUGCAGCCCUAACGCUUUUCUGACCUGUGAAUGGGGGAGCGAGUUACACACUGGUCGAAACCUGUCUCGGAUGCCCAUCAGGUGGACCACAGCUCACAAGAUUUGUGACCCUGGGGAGGUGUGUGAGGAGACUCUUCUGCUGGUAGACGCAGGACAGAGCUCAGUCAUAGUGGGAAGCAAAGGCUGCACCAAGGGCAGGACGCAGGAUGCCCCAACUGUCUCCAUACACUCGGGGCCCCCCGGAGUGCUGGUCGCCUCCUAUGCCCAUUUCUGCUCCUCCAACAGGUGCAACAGGGCCAGGAGUACCAGCGUCCUACUGAACUCUCUCCCUCGUCCAGCUGCCCCCACCCCGGGAGACUUGCAGUGUCCCAUCUGUGUGCGGGGCUCUGCCCCGUGCCCAGAAAACCCAGAAAACGUUACAUGCCCUAACGGCACGACUCACUGUUACAGCGGUUACAUUAGGCUCUAUGGAGGUGGGAUCAUCUCUAAAAUACAUAUUCAGGGCUGCGUGACCGAAGCUUCCAGCUCCUUGUUGAACCAUACACAGAAAAUUGGGAUCUUCUCCGUGGCUGAGAAUUCGGAGGAACCGCUCGAGCCCUUUCUCCAAGAUGGAGCUGUCCCCACCCGCCUACUGGCUUGGGUGGUGGGACUUGGCUUGUCCCUAGCCCUCUGGUGUGGGAUGCCUCUCUGCUGAGCCCAUUUCCCGAUGAUUCUCAGCUCCUUGCUGAUUCUCCGAGCCAACUUUCCCUCUGACCUCAUAACCAAACAGCCUUGGGCGUUGAAUGAUUUCCUUGUCCUCUCCAUGAAUGAUCAUCCCUCGACAUCCCCACAGACCUCCGUGACCUGAUAACAACACGCUGCUGGGAGCGGCUGAACUUGCCCUCUGGGAGAGUCAAGGAGUGGCCACUUGUGUCCGAUAAUAAAGGCGUCGUCCUUUCCCUGAA